GUCCCCCUCUUCAUUUGCGAUUCCCGGUCCUAAACUGUUUACAAACAGAUAAGAACCGAGUUCGGUUGUAAUUUUGUUGUUUUCUUCUUUUACGUUGAGUUUUUGUAUUUUCCUUAAAAAAUUGUUAUAUUGUAAAUUGUGCAUAAUUUUUAAUUAAUCCUUCAAAAUGACUGUGAAGAAAAAGGAAUCUGGCUCUUCAGUAAAUAAGUCAUCAACACCACCUAAAUCUACUACACGUAAAGAUUUAGCGUCCAGUACAGAUUCUAGUACAAAUAGUUCUAGUAGUUCAUCAUCAUCAACAUCAGGAUCUGAUUCCUCAAGUUCAUCUGAUACGGAAAACUCAUCCACUACUGAUAAUAAUUCUUCUGAAUCUGAAAAACACAAGAAGUCACCAAAGAAAAAAGCAUCCACUUCUUCAGAGCCAAAAGUCUCUGAACUAUCUAAAAAACAAUCUUCACCUGAAAAAUUUAAAAAUAAACCAACUACAGCUCCUAAAUUAACAGCUGCUAUCUAUACUGAUUCAGAUACAGAUGCAGAGACAAAAACUAAAAGAAAAUUUCCACCAGUAAAACCUAAAGCUACUGCAACAGUUGCUGCAGUUUUAAAAUCACAGGACAAAAAUAAAAAAUCUGAUGUUAAACGUAGUCAAGGACCGAGAUCUAAAGCUACAGCUAUCUCUGAUGGAGUUAAAAAACCUGACUCAAAGUCAAAAAGUAUUUUCAGCCCAGAUAAGAUAAACAGUAGUGACAGUGAUCCUCCACCUCCAAAACUAACGCCAAUGAAAACUGCUACUACACAAAAAACAUUAGUUAAACCUAGACCAAAAGCAAUGGCAAAAUUAAAAAAACAUUCACCAACAACUAAAACAUCCACGUUAACAUCGGCAAGUUCUGAAUCUUCAGAUACAGAUUCAUCAUUAGAUAAAAAGAUUAAAAAAACAACUCAAGAACAGCACAAAAAGAAACUUUUAAAUAAAACACCACAGCCUACUACAAAAGUUACAAGUGCUAACGAAUCUUCAUCUAGUGGUAAAGUUUCUAGAGGACGUGGACGGCCUAGAAAAUAUCCAGUUCCAGAACCAACUAAAAAUGGUUCAAAUACUAAUUCCAAUUCAAAAACUGGUCAAGACCAAAAACUUGUUACAACUAGAGGAUCUACUAGAGUUAGUCGUAUAUUGGCUGCUAGCCAUAGAACUACAACAGCAACAGAUUCUGAUUCAGAUACUGGAAGUAAAUCAACAAGUACCAGUUGCAAAUCGCCUACUAAAAAAGCUCGUGAUAAAACUCGUAAGCCACUUAAUUGUAUUGAUAAGAGAUUGAAUACUGGAGGGCUUGUUGAAUUAGAAGAAAGACUUUGUCCAGUUAAUGGUUGUGAUUCAUUAGGUCAUUUGAACGGUCUAUAUGAGCGUCAUUUCACUUCAGAAGCCUGUCCAAUGUAUCACAGAUUAACUAUUAAACAAUGCCAAGAUAAUUUAUCUGAACGACUUAAGAAAAAUGAAGAACGUUUAAAAGGUGCAUUAAAACCCAAUGCAACUGAACAAAAGAUGUAUCGAGAUAAAGUGAAAGAAAUGAGAUUGAUCAAAAUUGAGGAUAAGAAAAAAAAUGAAAGUAGUGAUACUUCUCAAAGUGACCAAUAUGCUGGUAAAGAUUUAGAGCCUGAUAUACUCAACUGCUCUAAUAUACCAACCUAUGAUCUUAAGUUAUUUCAAGAAGCACAAGCAGUAGCCAGUGAGAAAAUUGAAGAAGAUUUAAAACAAUUACCAAAUUUUAAAGGCACAAAGUAUUUAGAAAUGGGAAAAUAUGAGAUGGAAGUUUGGUAUCAAAGUCCAUAUCCAGAAGAAUAUACCCAAGUACCAAAAUUGUACUUAUGUGAAUUUUGUUUACACUAUAUUAAAAGUAAAACAGUACUAUUUAGACACAAACUCAAAUGUGUUUGGAAACAUCCACCUGGUGAUGAAGUUUAUCGGAAAGACCGUAUUUCUGUUUGGGAAGUAGAUGGAAAACGAUUCAAAAUAUUUUGUCAAAAUUUGUGUUUACUUGCCAAGUUCUUUCUAGAUCAUAAAACACUUUAUUAUGAUGUAGAACCAUUUUUGUUUUAUAUAAUGACUACUCAGGACGAAGAUGGAUGUCAUAUUGUUGGUUAUUUCAGUAAGGAAAAGAAUUCGUUUUUGAAUUUCAACGUGAGCUGUAUAUUAACGUUACCCCCGUACCAAAGGCAAGGAUACGGCAGACUUCUCAUCGAUUUCAGUUACCUGCUGACCAGAGUAGAAGGCAAAGUCGGUUCGCCCGAAAAACCGUUGUCAGAUUUGGGUCUGAUAUCAUACAGGAGCUACUGGAAAGACGUGUUGCUGCAGUACUUGUGCGAUUUGGGCGGAAAACAGCUAUCCAUAAAAGACAUGAGUCAAGAACUGGCCAUCAACUCCUAUGAUAUAGUGAGCACGCUCCAAGCCCUCGGCAUGAUGAAAUAUUGGAAGGGAAAGCACAUCAUACUCAAAAAACAGGAUGUGAUUGACGAGUAUUUGGAAAGGUCAAAACGUCGAGGAUCAGACUACAAAGAGAUCGACGCGAAAUGUCUGCGAUGGCGGCCCCGUACAGCAGCUCCUACCCCGGCCGGGCCCACGUGAAAUGUACCUGUUCGCAGUGAAAAAUUACGCUUAGACACUCGCCGCGUUCCAGUAUUGUUUCCGGAAACAAGAUGUUCCGGUAUGGCGAGACAAUCGGUUCGGAGAGGCAAUUAAGUUUUCCAGGCGGAAAAAUCAAUUUUUACUCCUCUAAUUUAAUUAUUAUUAUUAUUGUUAUUAUUUUACCUAUAUACGAAGAAAGAUUCAGCGGCACAAUGAAUAGUUAAGCCGAUAUCGUCAUUAUUGGCAUCGAUCCCAAUAAGCUCGUCCGCUCAGCCCGAGGCUGUUAACGUGCGAUAAAAUAGCACGAGUUUUUCACAAUUACAAAAUGUGAUAACGACCGGGCAAGGAAAAGGACGGACGUCGUACCGAUGGGUCGGGCCGUGUUUGGAACGACAACGACGAUGUGGACUAAACGAGAGCGCAUUUAUUUUAUAAUAAUAAUAAUAUACUUCGUUCUCGGCACGACGUUCCCCCUUUCUGCUCGCCAUCGGAAAGUGCUCCGUAUAUAUAAUCCCAUGUUAUGUUUCUCCCUGGUCUCAUUAAUCGAUUUCGGUUUUUUUUUUUUUAUAUUAUUUUUACUUUUUUUCAUCGCCCUGAUAAUAAUAAAACUUAAGGUAUUUCGUGUUUUUUUCCCCCGUUUUUAAAUCGUAUACGGUAGCAACAUAAUAUUACACGACGCUCCUAUUAUAAACGUGUCGAUUUACAUAUUAUAAUAUUAUACGCCAACUCUUACCCCGUUUCACUCAUACCCACACAAUACUAUAAUAACAAUAAUAUAAAUAUAGCUGGUGCGUCCACCCUUGCGCUAUGUUUUCGCUAAGCCCUUAAAACUGGUACGAUUACAGACACACACAUAGUACAAUAUAUAAUAUAUAUGAAUGUAUAAUGAUACCUACCACGCGAUAUUAUUGUAACCGUGUCCAUCUAUACGUUUCGACCGCAGCCCUAGUAAGUAUUAUGAUCGCCUCCCCCUCCCCCAUCCCAUAUUCGCCACUGCCGUAUCCUGAAUAUAUGAGUACCGGUGAACGCUGUGUAAAGAAAUACUAUGUUUAAAUCGUUUGGUCAAAGCUCAGAAGUGUAUUUUUUUCCGUUAAUAUCAUUUACUAAUUACUAUUAUUACAAUAAUCAUCUCUCUCUUAUUUUUUUUUCUUGUUAUUUACCUACAUUUAGGACAUUAGCGAUAAGUAAAUGGGUUUUUUUUAUGAUUAUCAUUUUUAUUAUUCAAAUCUGUUUAUGUUUCUUAAGGGUCAAAUAUAAUGAUAAUUAAAAUCGAAAAAAUGUAUAUAUUAUUAUUAUAAGUAUAUUUUAUAAGAAAUUGUUCACGCUUGUCAAAUACUUUGGCGUAAAACGAUAAAU